AUGCAGGAAAUGAAUCCGUUGGGAGGUAAUUCACGAAAAGGCGAUGAUGCGAAGAAACUUAGAGAAGUGAUUAUCUCCAGCAAAGAAGCAUAUACUAGAAAUCAAAUAGAUACCAAUCAAAUUAUUUAUCCGUGGUUGAAGCCUUGGAUUAAAGUUAUUGACAUGGUGAAACAGGACACGAAAGCAUUCGAAUUUGCGGAUAAGGCGGGAAGAGAACCCCGGGAGGAUUCCAUAAGCUCAUCACGGUCAAUAUUUGAUUUCUUUAAACCAGCAAAGAAGUUGGAAUCGAAUAUCAAGCCAAAACUAAUGCUGCAACGUUUGUUCGAUCCAUUUGAUAUGCAGCCGUUUAGUCCGACCACAACCUUUGCUACAGCUAAUCCAUCGAAAAAUGAUAUGUUUACAAAUGCUUUACUUUUUUCGGAAUCUACAACACCUCACUACGCAAUUCGUAUCAAUUCUUUAGCGAACAGUACGACUCUUACCCAACAAACAAAGUCAACAAUAGCAAUGCCAUCAAUAUUAACACUAUUAGAAUCAUUUGGUCAUAAUUAUAAACGUCGUGAGGAAGUGGAAGUUGGUCGUGAUCGGACAAUAAAUGUGCUUGGCAUGCCCGUUGGUCGAAAAGAUGGCAUUUCAUUGGCUCCGUUAAGAGGUCUUAGCGUCGGUAAUGAGGACAUGUUCGGUCCGAUUGCUAUCAACAAUAAAUACAAUAUCAAUUGGGGAUUUUUUAACGAUUUAGGCAAAGUGUUCAAUAAACCCACGCAACAGCAAUCGUUUCGUUUCAAUGAAAAUGAUCGUAAUUUGGCAAUGAAUAAACAACGGUUAUUUCUCGCAAUAAAUUUAUCAGUUAUCGAAAAUGUGAUCUAA